CAUCUUUAAAAUUGUUACAACUUACAGAUCAAUUGAAUAAAGGUUAGGUAUAUUAAGUGUUGAUAAACAACAUGUGGUCAAUUUACAAUAUGAUUGUAUAAUUUUAUAAUUAUAUUUUGCUUCGAUUUUUGAUAUACUUGGUUUUAUAUUUCAAUGGCAGUUUUGCAUCGUGCAUUAUUUACAUGGUUCAAUCUUUUGAUUUUUCUGAUUUUACUUGUUUUGAGACUCGAUCAAAGAAUACAAUGGAAUUGGUUCAUAGUUUUUAUUCCAAUGUGGUUAUAUGAUCACAUACUUUUGGUUUAUAUUGUUUUCAAUAUGAUUUCUCAUUGUAAAAAUGGACGAGUUGUUAAUUUACGCCGAGAAGUAUGGUAUAUGACAGCUGUAUUUAUGAAAUUAAGCGCUCAAAUUUUAAUAUGUUUGAAAUUAGAAGCACCUCAUUGGUUUUUACCAGCAAAAGUUGUUUUGGCACCAUUUUGGAUUCUUCUUCCUGCAUUAGCAGUUGAUGUUUUUGUACAUUUGAUACAUCAUUAUCGAUAUUAACUAUGAACAAAUUAGGUAAUUCCUAAAUCGUAAUAAGUAUAUAUGUAUAAUAGUCACAAGAUGCCAGUCUAGCUUACUAUAAAUACUCUGUUGCACAAGGAUGAAUAGGACAAAGAUAUAAAUAAGUAACUCUAAAGUAGUUUCAUUAUUAAUGCUUCUCUCAUUAAUCCAUUAUCAUCAUUUAUAG